CUACUGAAUCUGCUCAUUUUUGUCAUAACUUGAUGGUGCCACCUUCCCCCUUAGUUGGAGUGGGAUAAUGGAGCGAGUCGCACAGAGGUGUCGAGUGAGUCGGACAAUUCUUUUUUCUUUAUUGAGGCAGUAGAUGUAUGUAUUUGGAUACGUUUUCUUCUGAGAAUUCAUUUCGAGCUGCGUCAUAUUCUUCAAAUAAAUAAGCUGUCUGCAGGCUGCAGACUUUCUGUGGGGAUUUCCAGUUCACAUCCUCGAAUAAGAGACACUAAGUGGAGAAAAUAAUGGAGUUGAUGGUAAAAGAAGAGAUGAGAAAGAAAAGUAAGAGUUUUCUUCUCUGCUUUCACCUGCUGACUCUUCUCCAACUCGCUGCGCCCUCUUCAGCUCAAAACAUCACCACGUCAGCCGCUGACGGUUUCCGCACUCACCCAGCCGACGUCACAGUGGCUGUUGGAGAACCGGCCGUGUUUCGCUGUGGAGUUCCCGAAGCUUCUCCAGACUUCACAUUCACCUUGCGGGGGGCGCACGGAAACUACCUCCUCACGUGCCCCUCGGGCCACGUGGAAGACGUUCCCCAGGCUCUCUAUGGAAGUUGUGAGGUGAGAAAUGGAGAGUCAUCAGCUGUGUGGACCCUAAAGGGAACUUCUUUCUCCGACAACGGGACACAGGUCUCCUGUCAGCAGCCAAAGAAUCCUAAUAGCGCUGCUGCCGUGCUGCACGUCUACGAUAACGGCACCAGCCACGCCAUUCUCAUUGGUUGUAUCAUUGGCGGCUUCUUUGGCACGUUGUUGGUCUUCGGCUUACUGUACGUCAUGCUGCAGAGAUCUGAGAGGCUGCAGAAGUGCUUCUGGAGCGGAGAAACACCGGAGGAUUCGACCACAAUAGUAACAAAGGAGUAAAAGGAGACGGCUCUCUAUGUUGCUCUCUACCUUCGAACCCACAUGGAAAGAAUGGAAGCGUCAAACGUUUUUGGACAAUCUAAGUGAAAAAGAGCUGUAUUUAUGUCUGGAGGUUAUUCUGUUGAGGCCGGGUCCAUCCUGGACAUCUUCACUUUUACCUUUUUUGUCUUGAAUAACCGGGCCUUGCACACGUUAUAUACAUCCUACCAGUAUAUAAUGUAGCAUGCACACAACAGCACAUGUGGCGGUUACUUUAUAAACUUUAUAUACUAUAAAUGUGUGAAAUGUCUUAUGCGAUGUUAUCAAAGUGGGGAGGGAUUUAGUGUUGAAUGAGGCCCAGAAUAGCUGUUUUGUGCUUCCACAUAUGUAUCACAGCUGUGUUCCCAAAAAACGAUUAAAGGUGAAAUACUAGUCGUGUCCUCGCCAGGCUCGUCCAACCAGUUUAGUAAGUUUCUCUUUCACGGUCGCUCCACUUGAAGGAAGCACUCAGUGCCCAGAUUAGUUUGUUGUUUUCACACUACACUGUGACACGUUCACCUUUCUCAUAGAAUGGAUUGAGAAAAUGUGUCCGAACGUUACAUUUUGAAUGGUCCUCGUGCUUUUCUCAUGUUGUCUUUGCCUAAAACGAGGUGUGUGGUCCUUUGCAAUCGUCCAAACCGAAGCUGCAUUAUAUCAAAACAAAAACUAUUUGCAAACAACUGUGGAUUUCUGUAUCCCUCGACCUUCAGAAGCUGGGGGGACUCGCCGCCAGUGACCCCACACUGACGUGGUCGCGGCGUUGGCGUGUCUGUUGCUCCCCCCUGGUGGUGAGCGCGUUCCAUGCUGUCAGGAACAAACGCUCACUGCCACGGACCCUUCGGCCUUCACGUGCAUUCACCAGCUUCAAGAGGCAGCAGUGUGAGCCGGAUCAAGGCUGCUUUUGUCUCAUCUGGUAGCCGUCAUCCAGCUUCAUUAUAGUCAUUUGCGGUGCGCGGGGUUGAUUCACCCAUUCACAAGUUUGCCAACACGGACAGUUUCUAUCUUUCUUAAAGAGCCAUCGUUGGGUUUAGUCUAAGGUAGCCAAAUUGCUUUCGCCAAGUCCCCUUUUAACUUUGCAAUGCCCUCCAACUGGUUUUUAAUGAUCCUGCUAAUUUGUCCAUAUGACAAAAAAAAACAUGAUACACCAAAACGUUCCUCAAUGACAAUGAUAUGCUAUAAAUUAUAAAUAAAUGCAUUGCAUCUUUAAGGAAACACGCAAUAUCUGGGAAAUCAACGCAUUAAAGUGUUUUUUCACUGCU